GCUCACUGUCUACCUGCUUGGACCAUGUACCAUCCGCACAUCGCGGCGCUAUGCCUCCCUCAACUGCUGUUCCAGGUCACUAAGCGCCUCCAUGCCAUUGAAUCGCUCCUCCAGGCGCUUGAACUGCUCUUCAAGCCGCCCCAAAAGGCUCUUCCACAUAUCUCCGUAGAUCUGUUUGGAAGCGGGAAUCCAAGGAGCCCCAAUCUUCGCAAAACCCGCUGGACAGACACUCGGCGGCUGUGUGGGCGUCCACCAGCUAGGAAGCACGCCGGGUCUACUUUCUGCAAGGCUCAGGAAUCGACGAAAGUCAUCACGGCUGUUAGGAACCUCUCCGUAUAUAUUGUUGGGGUCGGAUUCUCUGGUGAUCGUAGACCUGUCGUCGCGGUAGAGACGAUAGGCAUCAAUGAGGAGCUUGUAGACAUCCUCCUUGUCUCGGUCAUGCAGUCAGGCACGGUUGAGGAGCUUCCGGAUAUGGGAGUGGAUUGA